UCACGAUAACUUGGAUACCCGUAAUAUUCGUUUAGCGAUAAUACCAGUCUUAUCGUUAAAAACGCGACCUUUAUUCCCAUUCCGGCAAAUUGCUGAGCCAUGAUGUGAAGCCUUUGUAUUUAUUGUUUGUGACCAACCAUCACCCUGGAUAAGCCGAAUUCUUUCGACUACUUGGACUGUGUCGAUAAUAACGAGACGGUGGAGACUGCUUCACUCAGGAAGCCUUCAGUUGCGCUCCCAGAGGUUGUGCGUGAAGGUGAGGCUGAAGCUUUGGCAGAGGCACAGAACUUGCAAUUACCUCCACUCCGCCGAAGUUCAAGGCGAGGGUCUCGUUCUCGGAAAGUUCGCCGAGGUUCUCGCCGGGAGAGCCAAGUUGAAGAACAGAAGCCGGAUAACUCGAUUACCGGAGAAUCUGAGACUAUAUCACGGAAUCCUAGUGGAAAUAGUGUUGCCAGUGCUAGUCGUGUCAUUUUGCCGCCGUUAUUACGGUCCUCGAAAGUUUCCCCAGAUUUUCAAACACAGGAUAGAGGAAAAGAAGUUACCAAAAUGUCGGGUUUAGAGAGAAAGGAUACAACCUUCGAGAUGAAGUACAGAUCGGGCAGUGACCAUGGGCCUGGGUUUGGCGGAGAAAGAGGCUCACUUAUGAUGCCAGAAUACAAGCCUGCAACUGCAGAUGAAACUGUUGCAACUGCAGCAGUGCUUAGGCAUUGGGAAAGCUCAGAAGAUCUUGGAGUUACACUUCAUCAGCUUGCUCGUGACGGAGAUGCCAUAACAUUGAAGAGACUGAUAAACCAGAUUAGUAAGAAUCGAAGGAGAACUUUAAAUGCCCUUGAUGAGAACGGCAUCAGUCCGCUACAUUAUGCUGCCAGAUAUAAUCACCUUGCAGUCGUCAAGAUGCUUGUUGAUAGUGGUGCAGAUGUAAACGUGAAAGGAGAAGGGGGUAUGGUCCCUCUUCAUUUUGCUUGCAAGUUUAAACAUUCAAAAUAUGCUGGAUCACUAGAUGGUGAUGAUUCGCAGACGGGCGAAACUCCAAAUAAUGAGACUGUUGGCAAUGGAACAGAGGAGCAGCAGGAGAGUGUUAUCCUCUACCUGGAAUCUAAAGGAGCUGAUGUCAACAGAAAAGAUAUCUAUGGUGUCACCCCGCUUCAUAUGGCAGCCAUCAGGGACAAUGACAUAGCAGCCAGUGAACUACUCAGUAUCAAGACUAUACAAGUUGAUGCCUGCGAUGGACAGAUGAUGACACCACUGCACAUGGCCUGUACCCACGGCAGUGAUACCAUCGCAGAUAUGUUGAUCAAGAAGGGUUCACAGCUGAGAGCCACUGAUGAAGAGUUAGGGACUCCAUUGCAUGCUGCCUGCACAGAGGGGCAUCUGGACAUUGUCAAGCUCUUGUUUGAAGCAGGAGAGGGACAAGGGCUUCUUGAACAGAUGUUGACUGAUGUGAAUAAUGACAGAAGUACACCCCUUCAUCUCUCUGUGGACAGUGGAUACUUUGAAAUUGUGGAACUCUGUCUUUCAAAAGGAGCCAAUGUGAACUGUCACCGUGAGAACAGGAGUACCCCGCUCCAUGCAGCCUGUGUGGCUGGUAACCUGAAGAUUGUAGAGCUGUUACUGCAGAAAGGAGCUCAUGUGAACAGUGUGAAUGCUGACAGGGCCACGCCCCUUCAUCGAGCGUGCUCCUUCAACAGAUACAAGAUUGUAGAGCAUCUCCUAGAAAGAGGUGCUAAGAUUGAAGCCCGAGACAAGGAUAACUUCACCCCUCUCUUGAUUGCAGCCAGCUCUGGUCAUAGUUCCACCAUUAAGAUUUUACUUGGUAAGAGAGCAAACAUAGCAGCCAUAGACAAACAUGACAAGACAGCACUCUUCUGGGCUGCUGAGGAAAACAAGCCAGAAGCUCUUCAGGCACUGCUUGAACACAAGAUGGCAUCAAAAAUUCUUGAAUACAGUGAUCGCUAUGACAACACGGCCCUCCACGUUGCAGCAGAAAAUGGAUACCUGGGAAUUGUCAGGAUUCUGUUGAACAAUGGAGCAGAGUUGGAUUGGAAAAAUGAGGAUGAGGAAACACCAAUCCAUGUGGCAGCUGCUAAUGGUCAUACAGCGGUGGUGAUGGAGUUUGUGAAGAGAGAAGAAUCAACAAUCAAUGAUGAGGAUGAGAACUCCAAUACACCCCUUCACAAGGCAGCCACAGCCGGCCAUGCAAAGACUGUCAGAGCUCUUAUUGAUGCUGGAGCUGAUAUUGAAUCAAGGAAUCAACAGUUAUGGACUCCUCUAGACUGUGCAGCCUCCAAGGGAUGGGUGAAGACUGCCUAUGCCCUGCUAGAAAAUGACAGUCCUGUAGAUCCAACAGACAAAGCUAAGGUAACCCCACUCCAUCUUGCAGCAUCCAGUGGCCAUGUUGACAUGGUCAAGCUUCUAUUAGAAUGGAAGGCAGAUCUAUCUUUGAUCAAUGCUGACCAGAAGAAUAGCCUGGAUCUAGCCAUUGAGAGUGGUCAUGAUGAUGUUGCUGAAGCCAUUAUCAGUCAUCCUAAAUGGCGAGAUGCUAUGUGUUCUGAGAGCGUUGAUCCCGUCACCGGGGGACGUACCACACCCAUAAGAAAACUCAUCAAAAGAAUGCCUGAUGUGGCUAUUAAGGUUUUCAACAACUGUCUGAUCGAGAACGAUAAGCCUCGGGAACAUAGAGACUACUGUAUCACGUUUGACUACGAGCUCCUUGACGACAUGUUCUCACGCUGGGGAGAAGAUAUAUCAGGCCGUUUUACAAAAGACAACCUAUCAGAGAGUGGGUCUGAUAGUUCAGAUAAUUCGCCAUUCAAAGACAAUGGUACUCUACGGGACAGUGCAACACCAUACACCACCAGUUCUGAACUCAUCAGGAAAAACCACCCUCUUGUCAUAAUGGUGAGAUCGAAGCGAGAACAGCUGCUCGGACAUCCUCUGGUGACCAGCCUCCUCAACCACAAGUGGAGUAGCUAUGGUCGAUUCUUCUACUACUCCUCCCUCCUCUUCUAUCUCCUCUUCCUCACCGUCUUCACUGGAUACCUGGUGGUCAACCCUCCACCGUUCUACUUCAACGUCACCACCGAUGCGGACGGCAAAGGCAUGGUGGUCUUCCAGUUUGAUGGCAAUGCGCGUUGGAUGUUGUCCUACAGCAAUGCAACGUUCUUUCUAUUUGGGGAGAUAGGACACUGGCUCAUCAUUGGGCUUGCUGGGAUAAAUCUACUGAGAGAGGUGGUUCAGAUCUACCAUCAGAAAUUGAACUACCUUGACUUUGAGAAUCUGUUGGAAUGGUGUGUCUAUGGUCUAGCCAUCCUGUUUGUAGCACCCAUCAGUCCAAACUUCUACCCAUAUGGAGACAAUACAGGAGAAAUCAGGGUCAGAGAGGCAUGGCAAUGGCAGUGCGGUGCAGCAGGCAUCUUCCUAGCCUGGAUCAACCUCAUUCUCUUCAUAAGAAAGUUUCCCCAGCUCGGCAUAUAUGUUGUCAUGUUUACAGAUAUCUUGAAAACCUUUGCCAAGUUUGUGGUUUUAUUCAUCCUCUUCAUCAUUGCCUUUGCAUUGGCCUUCUAUGCACUCCUUAUGAAUCAGUCUCCAUUCAACCGCAUAGAAUACUCUCUGGUGAAGACGUUUGUUAUGAUGAUUGGUGAGUUUGAGUUUGAUUCAAUCUUCCACACUCAAACCUACCUUGAUCAACCUGAUCUCACCCAGCAAGAAGAUUUCCUUGGGAAUGUCUACUACGAGGGCAUCACCUACGUUAUCUUUGUCGUCUUCGUUGUCAUCAUGUCAAUCAUCAUUAUGAACUUACUGGUUGGUCUGGCAGUAGAUGAUAUCAAGGAAGUUCAGGAACAAGCCAAAUUACAGAGACUUGCUAUGCAGGUGGACCUGGCCAUGGACGUACAAGAAGCCCUACCAUCGUUCAUCUGGAGGCAAUACAUCAUCAAGACCAAGCGGAUCUACCCCAAUCGCUUUGCUUCCAAUAUCUUUACCAAGCUAUAUGCUUCAUUCAGGGGAGAUUAUGACUUUGUUCUUACCGAAGCCAUUGAAUCGGCUCUCAACCCAGAGAAGGGUGAGCUAGCGGAGAUCAGCCAGCAACAGGAGGUGAUCUCCGACACUGUGGCCAACCUCAAGUACAGGAUGAAGCAGGUCAAGUCACAGAACGAUCGUAUGGAGCGGAUGCUGCAGCUGAUCCUUGACAACAGCAACCUGACACUCAGUGAGGCAGACUCAGUAGAGAACAUCGGAGAAUAGGGAAGCUUUUAUCAGGGAGCAUUUCAUCAACAUUUUCGUGCAACAAGCUGUCAGAUCUGACAACUUCCCCUUUGAUUGAUUUUGAUUGACUGAGAAGCACAGCUACAUGUACUAUGAUAAAUGUUUGAUGAAACAGGACUUGUUGGAUGAAACGUCUGACAAGUUCUUUUAUAAUGCUCCCCUGGUUCUCCUUGAGACAAAAGAGUGAAUUGUUUUGGAAUCUACUUGUUGGUGAUCGUGAGGCAGUCUCUGAAGAGAACAUUUGGGAUGAGAGAAUGGUCAGUGAAAAAUCUUCAAUGAGUGGAGCCUCUAAUCUUCAGGGGGUAACACCAGCAACAGCAGAGUAAGGCCUAUACUCCAGAUGAUCUUCUGUUAAAGGCAAGACUUCUGGUUACAUUUCUCUCUGGAAACAGCUUGUGGUAUAGUCUUUGGUAAUCUACAAAAGCACCAGAGACAAUCUUUAGAUUCAGUGUGACCAACUCUGUCAAGAAUUAGAAUCAUUGUUGACAGUGGCCUGAUGCUAGGUGAAACAUACCCUGUAGAUAAUAUUAGAGAAUUCCGCUGUCACCCAGACCAAAACCAAGCCAUGGUAUGUAAUUUGGAAUAAUGUAACAGUUCGACUGUAGGACAAGAGAAUUGCUGGUCUAUUUGGUGGUGAUUGUGAAAAAGUCCUUUUUUAGGAAACAUUGUUGAACAGAACUGUCAGUGUAGUCUUAGUGAGUGUACUCUUGAAAAUAACAAUCAGAAGCUCAUUGAGACUGGUCUUUAAUCGACAUUGGAGAACUUGAUUUUAGAGGAUUUGGAGUAUAGAGAAAUGUAAGAUAAAUCCUCAACAAUGGAAGAUAUAUUUUCUUCAUUUUUUAUGACAAGGACAUGCAUGAUGAGUUAUAUCAUAGGUCACAUUGAUGUGAUACAUAGUUCAGUAAAAAAAUUCUGCUGCCUUAAUCCUUUCAUUGAAGUAUGAUUCUUUUGAUUUUUUGCUUUUGAUUUUCUUUUGUUAAAAACCGAAAGAGCAAAUAUAUCACAUAAAAAGGUGAAAAGUUAAGCUAAUUGUUUACUCAGGAAAUAUUGUUUAUGCCAAAUGCACUGAUUUAAAAAAAAAAUCCUUCCCAUAUCUUUAAUGGCACAAAUGUUACUUAAUACUUUGAUCUGCUCAGGAUUUUUUUUUUAUCAAAAAGAUAUGUUUAUAGAUUUUAUCAGGUUGUCUGCCACUUAUAUCUAACUUGAUACAUGUAGUACAAAUGAAACAUUUAAAACCCAGUGCUAACUGCGUAUGCAGGAUAUAGUAUUUUGUUCAAACAACAUUUUGCAUGAGAGAUUGGGAUAAAAACAAUCUUUAUACUAUUUUUAGUCAUUCCUGCAAAGUCCAUAUCAUUUUAUCUUUUAAAAAGUAAUAAAAUAGAUUUGCAUUAAUGUAUUUACACAUUUGCAUUAACAUUUUUACAUAGUAUCUCAAACGGAGAUUCCUUUUAUCCAUUCCCAUUUAAAGGAGACCUGAUUCCUAUGCGUGUAGAACAUUUCCAAAUUUUAUCCAAAUGAAUGCCAAAUAUAUAUAGAAAGUGAUUGUUAAAAGUGUAGAUUUAUCCUGAGUGCCCCCAAAUUUAAUUGAUUGAUAAUGAAAAAAACAAGUGUGUGUUUUACAAAUCUCUUUAUAUGAUAUCAUUGGGAUCAUGUUAACCAAUUAUUAUGUUUAUCAUGUUUGUUAUAUGAAACCUGUGUAAUCAUGUUACUUAUAAAUGUAUAUUCAGAUUAUCACUCAUGGCACCAACAUGUAUCACUGUUGUCAUUUGAGAGAUGGAACAACAAUUUUAAAUCAUAAAUGUCUAAUGAUAUUUUUGUAACGACUUUGUCUUGUCCAAUUUUUUCAAAAAGUAUGAAGUACAGUUUUUUUAAAUUGUAUAUGUAUUGUGUAGUAUAUAUUUUUCUAUGAAAACUAAAUGUAUUAUACAUGUAUAUAGACUCUAUAUAUUUUUGGUGAUCAUAUGCACUUUAUAGUUAUGUGGUUUCUAGAAUCAUGAAUAUACAAUUUCAUGUUUAAUGAAUAGAACACAAUAAUGCUUGCUUUAUGACAGUAUUAAUAAUGUCCAUAUAUGAAUCGAAUUAUAACCUUCACACAUUCACAAAGCUAUGCAUUGAGUGAAUAUUAUAUGAAUAUCAUCUCAUGAAUGAAUUUCUCAAUUAGACAUCUCAUUGCCUUGGUGUCUGUCAAUUAAUAUUUAUACAGUGAAGUGUUUCAUGAAGUAUCUUGUUAGUUAAUUUUCACCGACUUCCUUGUUCUUGGCCAAUCAGGUGGGAGGAUUUCAGUAGCUUAUAACAGUUUUCAGUGAAAUCAGUGACUAUGUGAAAUGCUCCCCCUUAUUCCCUUCUUCAGGGUAUAAUUUUCCUUGGGGUUGUUUAAAUAAAGACUUAAGAUAUUCCCAGUUGGUGCAUUACAAAACGCAUCACUGCAUCAAUUGGUCAAUUCGGUAAGCUCCUGCAUGUUACUUAACAAAAUUGCAUGUUACAUAAUCAUGUGCGCUUCGGCAUUUAGGCAUAAUUUGAAGUCGCACUUAAACUUGUGAAACAACCCUCGGUUAUCGCAUUUCAAUUUGCUCCACAUUAAAAGAAAAACUGUUGCACAAAGAGAAUUGUGUAAUAGACUUAAUAGGACUGUACAGAACUUAGUUGAGACCUUUUUUUCUGUGACCAAAAAUCAAAGUUGGUAGCAAGAUAUUUUCCCUGCUCUUUACCUCAUUUUUCUUGACAUUGUCACAUUGUUCAACUCGGAAUUUAUGAUACUGUCUCUUUCAUAAACAAAUCUGCAUUGUAUUCUGUUUCAUCCAUUAUUCGGCCUUUAUCUACUGUACAUCCGAAUCUAAGAAAAGAAAGUUAUAUCUCUUUCAUGUAUAAUAAUUCAAAUCUACAUUAGCUACCUUACUGCCUCUAAUCUACAUGUACCUAUCUGAAUCUCUAUUUGCAAUUCUCCCUAUCAUUGUGAAGUUUGAGCAAUUGAUAUGAAUUUUGACCAUUGUGAGCUUUCAUUUCUAUUUGUUUUUCUCGGUUGCUUUCUUACCCAUACUGGUAGACCUAAGAAAAUGUCUCUCUACUAUUUUUAGAGCAAAGUCAUUCUUGAUUUACUCAGACAAGUUUUCAGGUCUACAAUUUAUUUUGAGAGCUUAAUGAGAAUUAUGUUUAGAUACAUGUCAUGGAUAUACAAUGUAUAUGAUUGUUAUGAUGCAUUUUAUCUUUCACAUUUAUAUGUGAUGAAUUUUGCCCGUAUUCUGAAGUCAUGGCCUAACUCUGUGCUAAAGUUAUGGAAAGCCAUAAGUGUCAAAUUUUUUAUUAAGUUGUAUGUUUCUUAUGUUUGCUGUGCUCUUUCCUGAUUCAUCGAUGGUGAAGACAAUCAUCUAUUUAUACUUCCUAGACAUUUAUGAAUGAUUUGAGAGCCAAAUGAGUUGAAGUAUGAUAUCUCUACCAUUAGUGAUUUAUGUAACAAUUGGCUAUCCAUACUUAAGCGACAACUUUAAACCCGAGUUUAAGUUAAAUCCGACUUCAGAAUACGGGCCUUUGUAUUCUACUCAUCAACAAUGAUGCAAGAUAUUUUAUAUGAUUUUCAAUAUGAAGUGAAAUUUUGUAUGAUAGAUAUUACAUGUUUGUUGUGUAUGAUUCUUCUAAGGUUUACUGUACACUAUAAUACAUUAUUAUGUGAAUACUUAUCAUGAGUGAUAAAUGUGUUAGAUUAUACACUUUUUAGCCUGUGAAUUAUGUACUUUUCAUAUACAUGUAGAAAAUUUUAAAUAUAUAUCUUAUUUAAAAAUUAAUAGCUCUUUAUUAGAUAAAUUGCAGAUAUGAUUUCCUUUUAUAGUGGAAGAUAUUUCUGUCAUACCAUGUAGGAAGAUAUAGACAGCCGUCAGAUAUUUGAACAAAAUUUUCUUGUAAUAUAAAUAUGUUUUGAAAGUUGAACCAUUUCACUCAUUGUAAAUGCCAGAUGUAUUGUAUUAUAGUUUCACAGUGGUGAUGUCUAUAGCCAGGAAUUGUUUAGAUGAGUGUACUUUGAGCCUAUGUAGUUUUGCAAAUACCUUUGUUAGAUAUUAUAUAUUGUAUUAUUAAUAUGUUUGUUGUUAUUUCAUCAGAUGUGUGUUUUAUAAAGCUCUUCGUAUGUUA